CCCAACCGGAAGCCGACCCAAAUGAAAAAAGUUGAAGGAAAAUUGAUUCCUGCGAUGUAGCCUGCCAACAGCUAGCCUCUCAUCCAAACACGGGCGAUAUAUAUUUACGUAUUAUUAAUACUUUUAACAUUAUUUUAGUUACGGCGAGGUCAAGUGACGAAAGUGCGUUUCCACUUCAGUUAGCUAUGUUUUAAGCGGUCAAUGUUAGCAAAGCGAGGCUAAUUUGGCUAGUUUUUAUAAAUAAUAUUUUUGAAUGAAUUUAAAUGGAAGAGCACAAGGAAAAUAUUCACGGAAAGGACGUCAACGUGAAGAUGUCAAACGGAGACGACGAUGAUAAGUUGAAGGCCGGCAGCACCAUAUGUGCCAAAGAAGUAGAAGAUGCCCCUCAGGCAUCCAACAGCAACUUCAGCCACCCCGUGUACAAGGAGAUCGCCUUGGCCAACGGUCACAUCAACCGCAUGUCCAAGGAGGAGCUGCGCAACAAGCUGUCUCAGCUCAAGCUGGACACCAGAGGUGUGAAGGACGUUAUGAAGAAGCGACUAAAGAGCCACUACAAGAAGCAGAAGCUGACGCAGUCGGCGGCCAACGAGGGCCAGGGAGACGCUUACUACGACUACAUCUGCGUGGUGGACUUUGAGGCCACGUGCGAGGAGGACAACCCUCCUGACUACCCGCACGAAAUCAUCGAGUUCCCCAUGGUGCUCAUCAACACGCACACCCUGGAGAUUGUGGGAACUUUUCAGGAAUAUGUCAAACCCGAGUUGUGCCCGACGCUGUCAGACUUCUGUGUGAAGCUCACGGGAAUAACGCAGGAAAUGGUGGAUGCAGCCAAGCCGUUCCCGGUGGUCCUGAAACGAGUGGUGAAGUGGCUUGAGGAGAGAGAGUUGGGCACCAAAUACAAAUACACGUUCCUCACUGAUGGCGCGUGGGACAUGAGCAAGUUCCUCAACAUCCAAUGCCGCAUCAGCCAGAUCCGAUACCCGCAGUUUGCCAGGAAGUGGAUCAACAUCCGCAAGUCCUACGGCAACUUCUACAAGGUGCCGCGCACGCAGACCAAGCUGAGCACCAUGCUGGACAAGCUGGGCCUGGAGUACGAGGGCCGCCCCCACUCAGGUCUGGACGACUCGCGUAACAUCGCCCGCGUGGCGCUGCGCAUGCUGCAGGACGGCUGCCAGCUGCGCGCAAACGAGCACAUGCACGCCGGCCAGUUGCUCGCCAUCCCCAGCUCGGCGCUCCUGGAGGGAUCCCCGCCACCUCGCUGGCCCGGCAACCGCAAGUAGGAGGACGCCGGGAUGUCCGCGGUGCCGAGUUUUUGGACAAUUCCUUCUCGACGCUUCCGGGGUCACAAGCAGCCCCAACACCGGCACGGGAAUGAAGAGUCGGCACCUGAUGCUGCUACAUGCUCAUAAACUGCAGUUAAUUUGUUCGGAAUGUGAGAUGUAAACGUCUUUUUUUGUAUGAUCUUUUUUAACAGGAAUAAACACUUGUCACAAUGCA